CUGGGUGUCGCUGUAGCGGCUGCGGGCGCGCUGUGUUUCUCCUGCAGCAGCAGAAGCAGCGGAGCUGAAGGUGAGAGCGAUGGCGGCGGUGAGGGCGAUCGGGUCUAACCUGGCGAGGAACCUGCGGGAAAUCCGCCUGCACUUCUGCCAGAGCUCACCUGCGAGCCAGGGGGCCAGGGAGUUUGUAGAGCAGUUCUACGUCCCACUGAAGAAAGCCAACCCAGAAUUCCCCAUUCUCAUCAGAGAGUGCUCUGGAGUUCAGCCCAAGCUUUGGGCCCGAUAUGGUUUGGGGAAAGAACGCAGCUUUGCUCUGGAUAAUAUGAACGCAGAACAGGUGGCCAAGGAGCUUGAGAAAGCAGUCAACUUAAAGCCAUGAUCUUACUCUGCAUAUUUGUUUGUAUUGUGUGUAAAAAUGUAAUUUUUUGCCAGAAUAAAUUAUAGUGUUUAAUUCCAUAA